CAUCGUCAGUAUCGUCAAGACAUUCAAGGAGGUUGAACUACAGUCGAUAUGUCUGACAUCUCCGAAGACACGCGCUAACUAAACACCCCGUGUCGCACCCCCACCCCAGUUCGACAAGUGAACCCCGAACUUUUUGAGCGAAAUUGUGAUACUCUGGCUAACCCGUUUUGUGACAGUUGGAUUAACGUCGUGUUGUGAUUUUAUUUAGGUGUAGUACCAAAAACUGUCAAAAUUUUUUGGAUACCUUGGAUUUUAUAUUCCCCUCCGAAGGACUGUCACGAAGGACUUAAAUGCCUUGAAGAAAAACUGCAAUCUGUACAGGCUACAAAAAUGCGAGAGGACGCAAUGGAAGGCAGCAGAAUUCAUUGUUCUGAUGACCUGAACAUCGACAAUAUUAAUGAAGAAGAUUUCGAGAAAUAUGUGACUUUCAUAGUCCCUGAUGUUGACGUUGAUCCAAAUGCCUCUGAUAGAGCUGUCGCAUCUCUGCCUAGGAAUUUGGUAUUGAAGCCUUCUCAAGCAGUAGAUGCCUGUAAUGGAGUGUGGAGCACAGGAUACAUUCCUCGUGGAACAAGAUUUGGUCCUCUGAAAGGACAAAGUAUUGCCAAAGAUGAGAUACCCUUUUCUGUGAAUAGGAAAUAUAUUUGGAGGGUUCAACAAGGCGGUUUUUACAGAUGCUACACUGGUGAAAAGGUAUAUCACACCAGAGAUGAGUACUAUUACAUCGAUUGUUCCGACGUUUUGACGGCCAACUGGAUGAGGUAUGUCAGUCCGGCCACAUCCAGAGAAUCUCAAAAUCUGAUCGCUUGUCAACACAAGAUGCAUAUAUAUUUCUACGCUAUCAAACCGAUCCUACCCAAUCAAGAGCUCCUAGUUUGGUACUGUAGAGAAUAUGCCGAUAGACUGAACUAUCCAAUCACUGGAGAUCAGAUGAUUGUGAGACUACGUGAGUAUGAAAAACAAGCCCAAAUUAACCAAAACCAAUCGGACCAUCAGGUUGUGAUUCAACACCAGUCACUGAUCGUACACUCUAUCCAGCACCCCUUACAAACAAUAAGCAUACAUCACCAUACUUCAGAAAUAAUCACCCAAAGAAACGGCAUGGACUCGCACCAUGAAGACGACGAGAGUGGCCAUCAUCAUCUCAGAGAAUCCAUGAGGGCCGAUGACGAGCCACCAACAACACCUUGCGACCUGAGUCUGCCCUUCACAGAUUCAAUGAUGGGGGACCAACAUCUGGUCUCCAAGCAUCACCUUCCCGAAGUAAUGACGAUGAGGCAGCACCACACAGAGAUGGACACAGCCGAAACAGUCGUCGAGGAUUUAUCCGUCAAUGCUCCGGUCAUCGAGGAUUUAUCGAUGAAUCAUCAUCAGACCGAGGAUUCCCCUGUGCAACGCUCUGGAGCCGUCAUUGUCGAAACGGCAGAUGCUGUUAACGAAGAUGACGCAGCCUACGAGAUGACGCCGUCCGAGCUACCUGAGGGAACGGACGAGGGUUAUCACAGCAACAUGUACCAGGAGGAGCCACGAACUCCUCCUCCUGAGGAUUCCAGCGACUCGGAGAGCGAGAACAACUACGUGCUCGACUUCAGCAGGAAGACGUCCGGCGCAGAAACGGCGGUGAUACAGCCUGUUUCCCCCGAGGAGUCGAAGAACGAGUACAGAAAAGUGAAAAUCAAGAUUUCCAAGGCGUACAAUUGCAAGCCUUGCAAGAGGACGUUGGACGACGAACCGACCAGCAACCAUCAAGAUGAAUCUACGAUAGUACCUGAAGCCAAUAACACGCAAUUGACCACGAGAAUUGUGAGUCCUCCUAACACCGUUAUCGUGUACGAUUCACCUCCAUUAGAAGUUCCUAUUUCCAAGUACUACGAAGCUGAUUCGAAACAACCUAGGUUGCUUUCUCCCAGGUACUCCCCGCCCAGUUCCAGCAUCUUGGAGAAUAUCCUUUCGAGGAAUAGAACGGACUCCAACAAUAACGAGAACGUCGAGAAGUCACCUUCGCCUACUUCACCUACUGAGAUGGCGUACUCGUACAAGAAGAGCCAGAGGUAUAGUGCUGUGAGUCCUGACUCCAGUACGAACAUAGUCACGGUUAGAGCUCCAGCAAGACCUUCAAGUCCUUUGUUGAUGAAAGUGACUUCAAGCUCUUCGCCGGAGCAUCAACUACCCGGGUAUCAAGAAUACAACAAUCCGUCACCGCCCAAUUUUUAUACGCUCUACAAUUCGCCUCCUUUGGUGCACAGUUCUACGUCGCCGACUGGUUCUAAUUCGUACUCUCCGCCAUCUUCCACCAACGGUUUCAUACCCGGACCACACCACAACACCGGAGGUUUAGUAAUACCGGCUCAACAUAUUAUGAACGGUAAUAUAACGCACCAUCUCUUAACCCCCCUGACUCCUCUUCAAUCCCACAACGAUAGAACAUCCCCAACUUCGUCGAAGGGUUCGGAGGAGUCCUUGAGUCCAACUGGUCAGUCCAGGGGAUACAAGAGCCUCGGAUACCCACUGAGGAAGAAAGACGGCAAGAUGCAUUACGAAUGUAACGUCUGCAGCAAAACCUUCGGUCAACUCUCGAAUCUGAAGGUCCAUCUGAGAACGCACAGCGGAGAGAGGCCGUUCAAGUGCAACGUAUGCACGAAAUCCUUCACCCAAUUGGCCCAUCUCCAGAAGCACCAUCUGGUGCACACCGGCGAGAGACCGCACGAAUGCAACAUCUGCAAGAAGAGGUUCUCGUCCACCUCCAACCUGAAGACACACAUGAGACUGCACAGCGGGACUAAGCCCUACCACUGCGAACACUGCCCGGCGAAAUUCACGCAGUUUGUACAUCUGAAACUUCACAAGCGCCUCCAUACGAACGAGAGGCCGUACAUUUGCGCCACCUGUAACAAGAACUACAUCAGCGCUUCUGGGUUGAGGACGCACUGGAAAUCCACCAACUGCAUGCCUCAACACAGGGAGAACGAGAUGGAGGUCGACUCUUUCCACAAGAACCAUUCGGAGAAUUCGGAAAGACAUACAGGAUUAACCGUUGGGGUCAACGAUGAAUUGGCAGAGAAUCGUAGGGAAUCGUUUGAGGUUUCCAGCAAUCAGCCGACGCAAAUGGUCAGCCGGGUGAUGAAUCCUGGAGUUUCUAGGGUUCAGGCUGUCAGCCCACACUCCACAGAUUCCUCGGACUUGAAAGAAGCCGAUCACAAACAGGCCGAAACUGUGGACUACUACAAAUCGCCACCAAGCCACAUCGUUGAGUUUGGGGAGUCGAAGAAAGACCACCACACUGAGAUGGAGUUUCACCCUCCCAAGGUGCAUUUCAUGGAAUCCGCGGAAUUCGAGAGGGAACAAGAGAAGGAGAGGAGAACCAUCGAAUACCACAAAUCGCAACAGUUCCACUUCCUCGAGUCUAUGAACUCGAAGAGGGACUACAGGAACGAAAUAAAAGCCAUGGAUUUCCACAAGUCCCAGCAGAUUCAGUUGGGGCAUACAGUGCUGCACAGUGGUUUUUCGAGGUCCCUCUCUAUGCCUCAGAGUCACCACCACCACCAGUAUCACCGUGGUGGUAAGGAGACGAGACCAAGCGUGAUAUCAAGUUCCCCGCUACAUAUUAUCGAGUGUACCUAGGAGAAUCCUGCUCAGUUGUAGUUUUAGUUCUUGUUGAGUUUUUAAUAAUUUAUUUAUUAUAGUUAUUUAGAACUGAUGUUUCGUCUGUACGGAUUAUACGUUCAAAUUUCUGAAGAUACUCAUGUUUAUUAGACUUAUUUAUUUAUUA